AUGUCUGAAAGGUCUCCCGCUGGCACAUACAUUGGUGUUGUUGCCGGAAUCCUACUAUUCAUCAUCAUCCUCGGCGUGCUAUAUUCCCAGAAACGGUUUCGAGAUAGGAACUUCAGAGCACAGAGUAAUCUUCAGGAAGAGUUUAGAUUACAGAAUAGACCGGCGAUGGGAAGACCAAAUACGGCGGCGACAGCGAACCCGAAUGCCGAGCCGCCGACAUAUUUGCCGCCAGAGCUGCCCACUGCUCCUCCUCCAACGUAUAAGGCUUCGAAGUAUGAUACGAGGAUAUAUGAGACAGUUUAG